AUGGAGGAUUGGGAAGACAUUGGUUCUUUUCGUUUUCACUGUGGCCUUUAUCAAGAUAACUUCGCUGACGAGGGAGUGCAUUUGGCGAAAGAUGAAGAGACGCAACAAAAAAGGCGACAUAAGCAGCAGCAGCAACAACCGCCACCCAUUGUCAAUAGUACUUCCCCUGAUCCACAGCUGAUUCGGGAAACAGCGAAGCUUGGGAUCUUCCAAACUGGGAUUUCAGUUCCUAAUUCUGAAACCAAUAAGGAACAUAUUUUAGCAUCUUUAGAACUCUUCAGCAAUUAUGCAAGUGACUUCAAGACAUUGAAGGGAGAAAGGUUGAGCAAUGUGAGCGGGAGGAAACUAUCAACCGAGGAAAUCAUGAAGUUGGCUGGAGAAAGAUACAUUCAGUUCUCUACUCAAGGGUUGGAUGAUAUCUACAUGCUUAUGCACCCUUUUGGUACCGGUUCAUCACUGGCGGGACUGUCCAUAGAAGAAACACAAGAUGUGGAACUUGCUCACCUUCUUCUAGCUGCAGCAGAGAAGGUAGGCUACCAGCAAUUCAAACGUGCAAGCAAAUUGCUCUCUCGUUGUGAAUGGUUAGCAUCGGAUACAGGCAAUCCUGUCCAGAGAAUUGCCUUCUACUUCGGAAAAGCACUUCUAGAGAGGAUUGACAGAGAAACAGGAGAUCAGUUCCCAUCAAAGACAAUGGGGGGAAAAGGAAAAGGAAAAUACAACAUGACUGAUCCUGCGUUGAAUUCUAACCUUGCAUUCUUGGCAUGCCACCAACAAAUUCCAUUCAAUCAAGUGGUGCAAUUUGCUGGAAUACAAGCUAUAUUAGAAAAUAUGGCUUUUGAAACUAAGAUCCAUUUGGUUGAUUUCAAUAUCAGGAGUGGAGUACAAUGGAUAGUCUUGAUGCAAGCUCUCACGCAGCAGCGUGUAUACCCUAUUCGGUAUCUAAAGAUUACUGCUGUUGGAACAGCACAUAGACAGAUGAUAGAGGAAACAGGCAAAAGGUUAAUCAGUUUUGCAGAAUCCUUGAAAUUGCCUUUCAAAUUUGAGGUAAUCUUUUUAUCAGACAUGAAAGAUCUCAAGGAAGAACUAUUCGAUAUAGAACCUGGUGAAGCUUUGGCUAUUUAUUCUCCAAUGGUAUUGAGAACAAUGGUUUCAAGGCCUAAUUGUUUGGAAACUCUAAUGAAGCUGCUCAGAAAACUUGGUCCCUCCAUUGUAGUACUUACCGAAGUAGAAGCAAACCAUAAUUCGCCAUCAUUUGUGAAUCGCUUCAUAGAAGCACUUUUCUUCCACUCUGCUUUUUUUGACUGCCUCGACGAUUGCAUGGAUCGAAACAAUCAGUACAGAAUGAUAAUUGAAGGAAUGUUUUUCCACUUUGGCAUCCAUAAUAUUGUUGCAAGUGAAGGCAAAGAAAGGAUCACCCGAAGUGUGAAGAUUGAUGUGUGGAGGGCAUUUUUUGCGAGGUUUGGACUGGUGGAAGUUGAACUCAGUGAAUCAACUUUGUAUCAAGCAAAUUUGGUUGUUCAGCAGUUUCCAUGUGGGAGUUCUUGUAAUCUUGAAAUAAAUGGGAAGUGCCUAAUUGCGGGAUGGAAGGGAACCCCAAUUCACUCUGUUUCAGCUUGGAAGUUUUGUUGA